AUGGCAGAAUCCGCGGGAAAGCCGAGCAGAUAUCUCUGCCUCACCAUCUGCGGCUACCGCAAGCCGGGCAUAAGUGAGGAAGAUUACCGCCGCUAUAUGACAGAAAUCUCCGCCCCAAUGACGAAAGAUUUGAUGGUGAAAUAUGGGGUCAAGCGAUGGACUAUGGUCCAUAACACCACUGCCACGCGCGCGCUCGUGGCCGAGUUGUAUGACUCGCAAAUGACCAACGUGACAGAUUUCGACUGUUUCAGCCAGGUGGUCUUCGAGAGCCUGGACGACUACAAACGCAUGAAUCAAGACCCUUGGUACAAAGAGCAUUUGUUCCACGAUCAUGAGAAUUUUGCGGAUACCAAGCGGAGCAUGUAG